GCCUUUGGCGGUGUCGCCAUCCAUUCCGGCUCUGAGAUCCAAUACGCCUCUGUCAACGCCGCCGAAUCCAAGUUCUGGCUGCUCAAGGACUCUGCCACUUACUGCCCUGAUGUGUCCGGCCUUGUCUGCUCCAACACUACCUCUACUCAGUUCCUCGGUGGCGACAACACUCUUUCCCUCGAUACUGUCGUUCCUGGCGGCCAGCAGGUUUUUGUUGCCGUUGAUGGAUCCUUGAGCUUCACCGCUCCUCACUCUGCUUACACUGGUCCUGAUGCCACCAGCACUGGUUUCAGUGUCGCUCAGGAGGGUCAACACAUUCAGUUCCAGGGUCAGGAUUGGUUGGCUUGCCCUAUCGAUGGUCACUACGCCAUCUACGCUGCUGCCAUCGCCAAGGACGCUUCUGCUUGCACUGGAUUCGCUUUCAGAGUCGCCGACAGCUCUGCUCCUGCUGCUUGGGAGUAC